GCAGCAAAGCAAGAACUGGAGCGUCAGCGUCGUCUUGAGUGGGAAAGAAUUCGGCGUCAGGAUCUUCUUAAUCAGCGUAAUCGAGAACAAGAAGAAAUUGUUAAGCUGACCUCUAAGAAAAAGAGCCUUAAUCUUGACCUGAAUGCACUGAAUGAGAAACACCAGCAGAUCUCUGGGAGGUUGCAAGAUGUUCGAAGCAGAAAACAAAUUCAGAAGAGUGAGCUGGAUGUUCUGGACAAGAAAUGUGACUUGGGAAUUAUGGAGAUCAAACAGCUGCAGCAACAGCUUCAGGAAUAUCAGAACAAGCUCCUCCUCCUGGUUCCAGAAAAACAGCAGCUGAGUGAGAGGAUAAAUCACAUGCAGCUGGGCAACUCGCCUAAUGCAGAACUGAACUCGCUGCAUAAGAAGUCCUCAGAAAAGGAGGGACUGUGCCAAAGACUUGGAGAACAGCUAGAAGCGCUCGAGAAAGAAACGGCUUCCAAGCUCUCUGAAAUGGACACUUUCAACACCCAGCUCAAGGAUUUAAGGGAGACCUACAACACCCAGCAGGUAGCCCUGGAGCAGCUCCACAAGAUCAGACAAGAUAAAGUCAGAGAGCUCGAGAAGAAGAGAGCCGAGCUGGUGCAGAAAAAGAAGCUGGAGGAGGAGGCUUCACGAAAAGCAAAACGGGACAAGGAGAAUCUGUGGCAAGAGAAUAUCCGGAGGGAGGAAGAAGAGAGAAGAAAGAGACUACAGGAAGAGCUGGAGAAAAUCCACGAGGAGCAGCAGAAAGCCGAGGAGGCCCUUGCACGAGAGGAGGAAGCCCAGCAGCAAAAGCUAACGGAUGAAAAGAAAACGAAGCAAGCAGAGAUGCUCAGGGAUGCCGAACUGCAGAGGCAGAAGCAGCAGGAAGACGAAAGAAGAAGGCAGGAGCAGAUUGCAAGAGCGGCAGAGGAGAGACGCAAACAGCUGGAGGAAGAGAAGCGGAGAAAAGACAUGGCGAACCUGCAGGAGUCCGAGAAACCCGAAAAGCCCGUUUCUCAGCUUCGCUUAAACGAGAGAUUUGCGGGGCUCCUGAAACAGGCGGAGAGUCGCAACCUUAAGUCAACGUUGAAAAACGAAGGCCGUACUGUGAGUGCCUCUGAUUCUAGGAAAUCAGCUGCCUUUGUGAACUACAGAGCUUUAUACUCCUUUGAAGCCAGGAAUCAUGAUGAGAUGAGUUUCAAUGCUGGAGAUAUAAUUCAGGUAGAUGAGAAGACGGAGGGAGAGCCUGGCUGGUUAUAUGGGAGCUUCCAAGGACAUCUUGGGUGGUUUCCUAGCAAUUAUGUAGAAAAAAUACCUGAAAGCGAGAAAGCGUUUCCAUCUCCGAAGAAAGCCUUACUUCCCCCUAUGGUAUCUCUGCCAGCUGCCUCAGUUCCUGCAGAGCCGCUUUCACCAGGUAAAGCUGCGGAUGAAUCAGAUUACCAAAAUGUGUCUUUCUCAAGCCUAAAUGUUAACACGUGGCAGAAGAAAUCUGCCUUUACUCGUACGGUUUCCCCGGGAUCUGUUUCUCCCAUCCGCGGACAGGGUCAAGUUGUGGAGAACUUAAAAGCCCAGGCGCUCUGCUCCUGGACCGCAAAAAAAGAGAACCACUUGAAUUUCUCCAAAAGUGACAUCAUUAUUGUAUUGGAGCAGCAGGAAAACUGGUGGUUUGGAGAAGUAGGAGGAGGAAGAGGAUGGUUCCCCAAAUCCUACGUGAAGAUCUUGCCUGGGAACGAAUACCAAAAAGAAGAAUCAGAAGCUGUUUACGCCGCUGUAAAUAAGAAGCCUGCGGCACCAUCUUACACCCUGGGAGAGGAGUAUACAGCACUGUAUCCUUACACAAGUUCCGAACCUGGCGAUUUAACUUUCAUGGAAGGCGAAGAAAUAUUAGUUACUCAGAAAGAUGGAGAAUGGUGGACCGGAAGCAUUGGCGAAAGAAGCGGCAUCUUUCCUUCAAACUAUGUCAAACCAAAGGAUCAAGAUAGUGCUGCCACAGCGAGCAAAUCGGGGACGUUAAAUAGAAAGCCUGAAAUCGCUCAGGUGACCACGGCGUAUACCGCCUCGGGGGCAGAGCAGCUCAGUUUGGCUCCCGGUCAGCUGAUCCUCAUUUUGAAGAAGAAUUCCACUGGAUGGUGGCAAGGAGAACUGCAGGCAAGAGGAAAGAAGCGGCAGAAAGGAUGGUUUCCAGCUACCCACGUGAAACUCUUAGGUCCAAGCAGUGAAAGGACCACCCCGGCUGCUGUCUCAAUGUGUCAAGUGAUAGCUAUGUACGACUACACGGCAAACAACGAAGAUGAGCUCAGUUUCUCCAAGGGGCAGCUUAUUAACGUGCUGAACAAAGACGACACUGACUGGUGGCAAGGGGAGAUCAACGGCAUGUCCGGCCUCUUCCCUUCCAACUACGUGAAGAUGACCACAGACUCGGAUCCAAGUCAGCAAUGGUGUGCUGAUCUCCAAAGCCUUGACACGAUGCAGCCGAUGGAGCGGAAGAGGCAGGGUUACAUACAUGAGCUGAUCCAGACGGAAGAGAAAUACAUGGAUGAUCUUCAGCUUGUGGUGGAGGUUUUCCAGAAGCGAAUGGCUGAAGCAGGCUGUCUCUCAGAAGCAGAAAUGGGACUGAUCUUUGUCAACUGGAAGGAGCUCAUAGUGUCCAGUACAAAGUUGCUAAAAGCGCUGCGUGUGCGUAAGAAGACAGGGGGCGAGAAGAUGCCUGUGCAGAUGAUCGGCGACAUCCUGGCUGCUGAACAGUCUCACAUGCAGGCCUACAUCCGGUUCUGCAGCUGCCAGCUCAAUGGAGCAGCCCUCUUGCAGCAUAAAACGGACGAAGAGUCAGACUUCAAAGAUUUUUUGAAGAAACUGGCUUCGGACCCGCGCUGCAAAGGAAUGCCCCUGUCCAGCUUCCUGUUGAAACCCAUGCAGAGGAUUACCCGCUACCCUCUUCUCAUAAAGAGUAUCCUGGAGAAUACCCCUGAAACUCACCCGGAUUACACAAAUCUGAAGCUGGCCCUUGAGCGUGCCGAGGAGCUGUGUUCCCAGGUCAAUGAGGGAGUGCGUGAAAAAGAAAAUUCAGACCGACUUGAGUGGAUACAAUCACAUGUGCAGUGUGAAGGACUUGCCGAGCAACUGAUUUUUAACUCUCUAACCAACUGCCUGGGCCCGAGGAAGCUUCUGCACAGCGGCAAACUCUACAAGGUGAAGAGCAACAAGGAACUCUACGGCUUCCUCUUCAGCGAUUUCCUCCUUCUCACCUACAUGAUCAAGCAGUUUGUCUCUACCGGGUCGGAUAAGCUGUUCAGCCCCAAGUCGACGUCUCAGUUCAAAAUGUACAAAACACCCAUUUUUCUUAAUGAAGUCCUGGUGAAAUUGCCAACCGACCCUUCAAGCGAUGAGCCGGUUUUCCAUAUCUCCCAUAUCGACAGAGUGUACAUCCUAAAAACAGACAAUGUCAACGAGAGAACUGCCUGGGUCCAGAAGAUUAAAGGAGCAUCGGAACAGUACAUUGAGACGGAAAAGAAAAAACACGAGAAAGCUUACCAAGCUCGUUCGCAGAAGAAUUCAGGAAUAGGCCGGUUGAUGGUGCAUGUGAUUGAAGCGACAGAACUGAAAGCAUGCAAACCUAACGGGAAAAGCAACCCAUAUUGUGAAAUCAGCUUGGGGUCUCAGAGCUUUACUACAAGGACCCUGCCAGACACUCUGAAUCCCAAGUGGAACUUUAACUGUCAGUUCUUCAUCAAGGAUCUUUAUCAAGAUGUGCUGUGUAUCACUGUGUUUGACCGGGAUCAGUUCUCACCCGAUGAUUUUUUGGGUCGCACCGAAGUUCCAGUAGCCAAAAUCAGAACGGAGCAGGAAAGCAAGGGACCAACAACUAAACAUUUACUACUUCAUGAGGUCCCAACGGGGGAAGUCUGGGUACGGUUUGAUCUGCAGUUGUUUGACCAGACAACUCUCCUCUGAAGAGAGAGAAAAACAUGCUGUUUUUGUAAACAUAAAGGGACUAAGAAAGACAGGCAGAGCUUUCUGCAUUACAGUGGAAAAACGUUUUACGAAUCCUUCUUCGCCCCAGGGGGGUGUCUCCGGCUUCAGCCCUUGUGGCGGCAUCGCUUUGGUUGG